AUGUCAACUAUCAAUUUCUCUCCAUGCUCCCACUCCGAGCAUCUGAGCAAGGAUAUUGAAUACCGACGCCUAUUUUCCGAGCCUCUGACAAAACCAGGAGGCACUCUCUCAUAUGAGGGAUACCUUCGGGCAAUUCAGUUGUACGGUCGAGAAGACCUGCUCGUCAAUAGCCACAAAGUCCACCGGUACGAUAGGUGGGUGAAGAGCAACCCAGAGCUACAUCGAACUUACCAACAGCAAGCAAUCCGCGACGGCUACAAUCCUACAGGCGGAUCUUCUAACGCGUUUACCGGGGUAUAUUACCCAAAUCCUCCACUUGGAGGACCAUCAUUAAACCGAGUUAACUCUCCACACACACCACACCGUCAAACGACACAAAACGAAAUAACAGAAGAGAUGGUUGGGCGACGUACCCCACGUAACUCAAGUGGGCAGUUCGCUCCUGCCGAGGGCGUGUUCGCUGAUUAUCGAGGAAAUGUAGAGGCAAAGGCCGGGGAAAGCUCCAGAAAUGCCAUUGGCGCGGCUGAAAAUGCGCUUGUCUUGGCUGAGGUGGUUAAGAAUUUUCUUGACAAAGGCGUAACCCCGGAGUUGCGCCAGAAGGCGACAUCCAUCCUGACAACGAUGGGUGGAACUCAAGGAUUGACCACAGGUCUGAAUAUCAUUAUAGGCGAGCAAUCUCCUGAACUGGCGCCGAGCUCUAUCGACUCCGUCCUCCGAACCGCACACGCUGGGCGCAGCGGAAGUGGCAGCGGAAGUGCCAGAGGCACUCCUAGAUUUAAUGACACUCCAAUCCCUCUCAACCUAACCGGCUCCCUAUCUGCCCGCAAGCGCAAGUCUAUCGAGGUAGUUGACAUAGAAUCAGACGAGGAUCUAGCGCAGUUCGAGGAACCCGCGGGUCAAACCCGAGACGGGAUUCCGACCCUUCCACGACCCUUCCCUGCGGGGCCGCUCAUCAUUUCCGACUCCAUUGCAAGCGGUAAUGGCCGCAAGGCGAUCUAUUCUCUUGUCGUCGCCGAUGAGCUGAUGGUGUUCCUGGACAAGAAUGUUGCGCAGACCUUCGGUGGACUCUUAUGUACCUUGCGAAAGAGACUUUCCGAAUCCUUACCCCUCUCGGCAGCCGCGCGCAUGGCUGGUAUCGACAAAUCUCUCGUCAUGUCGUUCGACAUGCCCCUGUGUAUUCCCAACCCUGGCUCGACCGCUCUAUCCGCCUAUAUCAGUGUGGUGUCUGAGAUGGAUGUCUUCCAUCAGGAUACAGAAAUGCGCAGUUUGGCUCGCGAAACCGUCCUUUCGAUGCGGAAACAGGACUAUCGGCCUACUGCCGGGCUGCCUGUCCGGUUCCUACGGGAAACCACCCAGGCAGAGAGCUGGGUUCCGAUGGAGGUCAUGGCAGACAAGCUCACGUACUUGGGUGAGGCACGUAAGCCUCUGGACACCGUCAAUACCUGGCGACGCCCCCAGGUAAUCUCUGCCAGCAAUGUGCGAAGCCUGCCUUGGGAUAACUACGACCAGAUUGGCGAAACCCCAGCUGAAGACAACUAA